CAAGGUUGAGAACACUAACUCUUAAAAUGGCGAAGUUCGUAGAUAACUAUAGCGACCUUAAAGAACUAGGUAUAGAUUGCGAGGAGUGCGACGAUUCCUUAACGGAGGCUUUCGGUAGGGCAGCCGAUCAUCUCAAAAUUUUAUUACCGAACGUAGACAAUCAAACACUCUUGACCCUCUACGGGUAUUACAAACAAGGUUCCGAAGGCGUUUGUUCCAUCCCCAAACCCAGCUGGUAUGACAUGAGAGCAAAAUCUAAAUGGGAGGCCUGGCGAAAAUUAGGGGACAUGUCUCAGGUCGAAGCUAAGAAAUUGUACAUCGAAACCAUCAAGAAACUAGACUCUAGCUUCGACGACACCGUCAGUCCUUCUACACCAAAAGAGCAAUGGGUAAAAGUCUCGUCUAUGCCCGACGAACGGAACAUCGCUGAAUCCGACAAAACGCUGGUCGAUUAUAUAAAAGAGGGCAACGUUACGGAGGUGAAAGGUUGUUUAAAAUCUCCUGAUGUGUCCGCUUUGGUAAAUGAAACUGACGAGGAAGGUUUGGCACCCAUACAUUGGGCAGCGGACAGUGGUUUUGUCAAGGUUCUUGAAGUUUUAAUCGGCGCAGGAGCUGAUGUGAACCUGAAGGACUCAGACGGGCAAACUGCUUUACAUUACGCGUCCAGUUGCGGCCAAGCGGAAUGUGUGAAAUGUUUGUUACGGCACGGAGCUCAGGUCGAUGUUACCGAUAACGAGGGUUGUACGGCUGCGUCUGUAGCAUCAGAUGAAUCUAUUAAGGAAUUGUUAAAUACUUUUUAGGUUGCUAGCUCUUCUUGUAAAAUGUAGUUAAUAAAUUAUUCUGUAGAUA